GUUGACAAUGACAGCAGACAGCGUCAUUAUUCCAAAGUGUUUCAUGGAGGGUAGACAAAACCGAUUUUUAAAAUUUUGUAAAUUAUUAGUAAAAUGGCAAAUACAGGCUUGUUACCAUUUGUGCGUGGUGUGGAUUUUACAUGCAAUGACUUCAGUGGUGACAAAUUCCCCGAUGCUAUCCGAUAUAUGACCGGUUUGCAAUGGCUCAGACUCGAUAAAACAAACUUAGAAGAGAUUCCCGAAGAAUUGGGAAAACUUAUGAAAUUGGAAAAUUUGUCACUAAAAAAGAAUAAUCUAGAAAAGUUAUUUGGAGAAUUGACAGAGUUAAAAUGUCUAAGAUCUUUGAAUGUUAGGCAUAAUAAUGUGAAGACGUCAGGAAUACCUGCUGAACUAUUCAGAUUAGAUGAUCUAACUACUCUAGAUCUUUCUCAUAAUAGGCUAAAGGAAGUUCCUGAAGGGCUAGAAAAAGCUAAAUCAUUGCUUGUAUUAAAUCUGAGUCACAACAAAAUAGAAAGCAUACCACCUACUUUAUUUGUUCAGUUGACGGAUCUACUGUUUUUAGACCUAUCUAGUAAUUUACUGGAGACUCUGCCCCCUCAGACUAGAAGGUUGGCAAACCUGCAGACUUUAAUACUAAACGAUAACCCAUUAGGAUUAUUUCAAUUGAGGCAGUUACCAUCUCUACAAAGCCUUGAGACAUUACACAUGAGGAACACACAGAGAACACUAGCUAAUCUACCAACAUCACUCGAACCCCUCAUAAAUUUAUCUGAUGUUGACUUGUCCAAAAACGCCCUGACAAAAGUGCCUGACGCACUUUACACGCUACAGAAUAUAAAAAGGCUUAAUCUAAGUGAAAAUGAGAUAACGGAAAUAUCUACUGCUAUGGACAUCUGGCAGAAACUGGAAAGUUUAAAUUUAUCCCGGAACAAACUCACAACCUUACCAGCCACUCUGUGCAAACUGCAGAGCUUAAGGCGGCUUCAUGUAGAUGACAACAAGCUAGAUUUCGAAGGAAUUCCUUCUGGAAUAGGAAAACUUGGCAAUUUAGAAGUAUUCUCAGCUGCUAAUAAUCUACUUGAAAUGAUUCCUGAGGGACUUUGCAGAUGCGGUUCUUUAAAGAAAUUAAACCUGAGCUCAAACAAAUUAAUAACAUUGCCGGAUGCUAUACAUCUACUGAGUGACCUUGAGAGUUUGCAACUACAUGGCAACCCGGACCUGGUGAUGCCGCCAAAGCCUGUAGAGAGAGCGAGGGGAGCUGGUCUCCAGUACUAUAAUAUAGACUUCUCUCUACAAACACAGUUGCAAUUGGCUGGUGCGGCAACUCCUGAACUGGCAGACAACAAUAGUAUCAGUAAGUCGGACCCCAUCGCUCGCAAGCUCCGUCUCCGUCGUCGAGGUGAGACUGACAACUCCGAUGUUAUCCUUCGAGGAAUGCAGGAACAGGCCAACACCCAGCACGCAACCAGUAACGAUGAAAUGCCACACAGCGAACUAAAACCUAAACGCUGGGACGAAAGUUUGGAAAAACCACCGUUAGAUUACUCGGAGUUCUUCGACGAGGAUACCGGUCAAGCUCCGGGUCUCCAGAUAUGGGAGAUUGAGAACUUCAUCCCCGCACCCGUUGACGAAGUCGCACACGGUAAGUUCUUCGAGGGUGACUGCUACAUAGUACUGAAGACGUCCAUCGAAGAACAAGGACAGCUGUCUUGGGAUAUUCACUUCUGGAUUGGAUCCAAAGCGACGUUGGACAAGGGCGCGUGUGCAGCAAUGCACGCUGUGAACCUAAGAAACUUGUUGGGAGCCAAACGCACCCAGAGACACGAACAAGGGGACGAGUCACCGGAGUUCCUGGCGCUGUUCCCGACACCCCCUGUAUAUAUCAACGGCAGUAGAACUCCGUCAGGCUUCUUCACCGUCGAUGAUCCGCACUACGUGACCCGUCUGUACCGCGUCCACGGAGCCGGCAGCUCGAUACAUCUGGAGCCAUCCCCCGUGUCAGCGAGCUCGCUCGACCCGAGAUACGUCUUCGUACUUGACACGGGAUUGCGCAUACACUUAUGGAAUGGGAAAAAGGCAAAGAAUACGCUAAAGUCCAAGGCGCGGCUGUUCGCUGAGAAGAUAAAUAAAGAAGAGAGGAAGAACAAAGCCGAAUUAAUAGCAGAAGUACCAGGAAAAGAGUCUAAGAACUUCUGGCAAGUCUUAGGAUAUGAAGACGAUAUGCCUUACGUUGCAGAAGAACACGUCCCUGACAACUUCACGUGGUCCCCAGCUAGACUGUACCGCGUGGAGCUCGGCAUGGGAUAUCUGGAACUGCCUCAGACCGAAGGACCUCUUACAAGGACGAUACUGGCAACGAGGAAUGUGUACAUACUAGACGCGCACCAGGAUCUGUUUGUAUGGUUUGGCAAGAAAUCAUCACGUUUAGUCCGAGCGGCGGCUGUGAAGCUCGCCCAGGAAUUGUUCAGUAUGGCGCCCAGAGAACCUCACGCACUGGUCACCAGGUUACAGGAGGGCACAGAAACACAGGUGUUCAAGACGUACUUCCAAGGCUGGGAGGAGGUUAUAGCGGUGGACUUCACGCGAACAGCCGAGUCUGUGGCGAGGACCGGGGCCGACCUCACGUCCUGGGCCAGGCAGCAAGAGACCAAAACGGAUCUAUCGGCACUGUUCACACCUCGUCAGCCGGCCAUGUCUCCGACCGAGGCUAAGAGUCUCGCUGACGAGUGGAACGAAGACCUGGAAGCGAUGGAAGCCUUUGUUCUGGAAGGCCGACAUUUCGUCCGUCUUCCAGAUCAAGAGUUGGGGGUCUUUUACAGCUGUGAUUGCUACGUAUUCCUCUGUAGAUACGUACUGCCUGUAGAGGCUGAUGAUGACACGCCCGAAGCGGACGAAGUGGACUCGGAGAGCGACAGUGUGACUUGGGUGGUGUACUUCUGGCAAGGCAGGAGAGCUCCCAACAUGGGCUGGCUAACAUUCACCUUCGGCUUGGAGAGGAAAUUCAAACAGCUGUGCAAGAGACUAGACGUGGUCAGAACACAUCAGCAACAGGAGAGCCUCAAGUUCAUGGCACAUUUCAGAAGAAGAUUCAUAAUACGAGAUGGAAAACGAAAUUUAAAACCGGAGGGCCGGCCGCCAGUGGAGUUGUUCGAGCUCCGGAGUAAUGGCUCAUCGUUAUGUACGCGACUUGUGCAAGUCAAACCAGAUGCCAGCGUGCUGAACAGUGCUUUCUGUUAUAUCCUGAACGUUCCUUUGGAGGGCUCUAAGGAAGAGUCGUCAGCGAUCGUGUACGCCUGGAUCGGCUCCAAGAGCGACGCUGACUCCGCCCGUCUCAUAGAACUCAUCGCCAAUGAGAAAUUUAAUAACGAUUUCGUCAGUCUACAGGUGUUAACAGAGGGCAGUGAACCUGACAAUUUCUUUUGGGUAGCGCUGGGCGGGCGAAAGCCUUAUGACGAAGACGCCGAAUACUUAAACUACACGCGACUCUUCAGAUGUUCCAACGAAAAGGGAUACUUCACUGUAUCUGAGAAAUGGACGGACUUCUGUCAAGAUGACCUCGCUGAUGAUGAUAUUAUGAUACUGGACAAUGGUGAGCAAGUGUUCCUGUGGCUCGGUGCGAGAUGUUCAGAGGUGGAAAUCAAACUGGCUUAUAAAUCAGCUCAGGUAUACAUUCAGCAUAUGAAAACGACCCAACCAGACAGACCUCGAAAACUGUUCCUCACAUUGAAGGACAAGGAGUCUCGGAGAUUUACCAAGUGCUUCCACGGCUGGGGGGAACACAAGAAACCUCCAGAAUAAACUAGAUAUAGUAUAAAUUAUAAACCAUGCCAUAAAUAACUCAUUAACAAAAUUAAGGAAAAUCUGUGAAAUUAUUAUACGUAUAGUUUUCUUUGUAUUAUCUGUAUAAAAAUAUAAAUUAAUGACAUUUACGAUUUUCACAAGGAUUCAUUUAAAUAAAAUUAAGAUUUUCGGAUACUACGCUUUUUUUACUGUUUUAAAAACUACAUGCUCGAAGGAACCGAAACAUGGGGUGUAUGUAGUUUUUAAAAUAAUAGAAAACGACUUAUAUACGAAAAUAUUAAAUUAAAAAACACGGGAAAAUCUUAGAUAUCUACAAUAUAAAUUACUACAGCACUAUUGUUUACUUUAAAAAGUGUCAGUAACUAUGUUUUAAAGAUUGUUUAACAAGGUUACAUAACUCUAGAGAAGGACUCUAGCAUUUUGUUUUUAUUUCUUAUAAACUAUAGGUCUUUUAUAAAUUAUUUUCUCAUUUUCAGUCGUUAUAUGGAAAUUUAAGUAUUAGCUAAAUAAAAAAAAAAGCUAGUACUCUUCUAAAGUAUUAAUGAAAUUUGAUUAGGUGAAUAUUUAUGUUUUAUUAAUUUAUUUAAAAUCUUCCCAUCAUGAGAACGUUAAUAAAAGACUGAGUCAUGCCAUUACCGAUAUAUUUAUUCACAAAUUUCUUAUAGUUAUGCACAAGUAUAUUGAGAUUUCUUAAAAUUCUGUUCUUUAUUUUAUCCUUUGACUAGCAUAGCAGGGAUUGCUUAAUACAUACAUGUUACUAUUGAAAAAUAUUCAUUAGUUGUAACUUAAAAUGUAUAUAGAUAUAUUAUAUGUAUAAAAUUAUACCUAUCACUACAUUGUAAAUAAUUUAUGACUUAGACAAACCUUCAUAACCACUAAAAUUGUAUUAAUUUGGAUAACAAUAUUUUAAGUAUGCUUUUAAAAAUAAUCUAGAAUAUAAGCACAAAAUGAUUACAAUGUGUUUCUGUAACUAUAAAUUAUUAUUAAUAAAAUUAAA